AUGAACAGCCGACCCGAGAGUGGGCGCACAGACUCCAGCGCCUCGUACGCAGACGCUGCGACUGCUGUGUUCCACACGCGAGCACCGGCCCCGCUUGGUGCUGCGUACUACGCGCCGAGCUUCCAGCCCGGCCAGAUCGUGUCGGCGCAAGCGCUGCAGAGCGCCACCUCGCCUCCACGUCCGCAGUUCGCGCCGCACUUCUCGGCGAGUCCGCCGCAACGACCCUGGCAGGAUCCGCCAGGUCGUGUUGGCUCUGCGCCGCCCGUCGCUCCUGCAGCGCGCGCACCGCCGCGACAGCUCAGCCGCGACUUUCCGCCAGUCAGCGCGCGGCCACCUCGCGAGGACCGGCCGUCCUCCAGUCUAGCUCGCAGCAGUGCCGGCAGCACCUACUCCACUGCGCAUCACAGCCGCCACAGCUCGAGCGCAUCAGGACACGCGCCUCUUCCUCCGCGCGCUCGACCUUCUGCGCCGACCUCUCCGCCUCUGCACACCUCAUCUCCCUUCGCGUUCUCCAACAGCCCCUCGCUCGACACGCCGCAGGCCACGUUUCAGCCGCCUCGCAGCAUGGACGGCGGCGGCGGACUGUCGAUCCUGCCGCCCGUCGGCGCGGCGGACGGCUCCGUGCAACGGCCGCCUGCCGCAUACGCACGCGGCGGUCCAUCCACCUCGGCGCCCUGGCCGCAGACUGUGCCUGCGCCUGCGCGCGCGCGGCGGAGAAGCGGCGAGCUGGCCAGCGCAACAGUGAGCCGCUCGAGCGGCAGCCUGCUUGCCACGUCGCCGAUUCUCGGCUCGCGCCUGCUGGACGAGGCCGACGCGCCCUCGCCGCGCCAGCUCUCGUCUCUCUUUGAAGCGCUCGGGCCGCGCAUCUCGGGUGUGCCGGCCGCGAGUGGGCCGCAGCUGAACAGCAUGAGUGGGUUCAGUGCAGGCAGCGGCUGGAGCCGCACAGAAACGGGCGAGGGCGCCUCGGGCAGCUCAGGCGGCGCAGGCGGCUCGCACGAUGCAGAUCUGCCGCGCGGCGGCGAUGGGCGCGCCAGCUCGCCCGGCUCGGGAGACAAUGGCGGCGGCGACGAUGGCGACGAGGCGGCGCGCGAGAAGGAAAAGUCGCGCAAGGCCAAUCCGCUGCUCGACCUCAUCGAGACGGAGACGGCCUUCGUCGCCGAGCUGAGCAAGAUCAUUCGCCGAGUCGCUGCGGCCUGGAGUCGCACCAACUUCCCGCCGCCGGAGCUGGACACGAUGUUCCGCAACGUCGAGUCGAUCUACCGCGUGAACAGGUCAUUCCUGAAGUCGUUGCGCGAGAUCGGCCCCAACCCUGCGUCGCCGCGCGCGCUCGGCGACCUGCUCAUGCGCUGGAUCGACGACCUCGAGGCGCCGUACAUGCGCUACUGCGACAACUACUUCACCGACUUUGACACGUGGGCCGCGGUGCAGUCCAACACGAAGCUCGGCGAGCUGCUCGACGAGAUCUCGGCGCCGACGCAGCCCGACGGCUCGCCCGUCGUCUUCUCGGACAAGAAGCGCUCGCCGGGCGACGUGUGGACGCUUGACGCGCUGUUCGCAUUGCCGCAGGUGCGGCUCAAGUACUACAAGAAGCUCUACUCGCGCCUGCUCAAGAGCACACAGCCGGGCCGCAGCGACCACCGCCUGCUGGUGGGCGCCAACGAGAAGCUCGAUGAGCUGCUCGAGCGCUCGAAGCGCCGCAUCAGCAUGAGCGUGCUCGAUGAAGGGCCAGUGGCGCCGGAGCGCGAGCGCACGAGCGGCGAUAGCUCUGUCGGCGACACGACUUCGAUGACGCACGACAGCAGCACGCCUGCCUCUGGCAACAGAGCCUCGUCGGCGACGUCUGCCUCUGAUCGCAUGUCCUCAGAGCCGCCGCCGAUGCCCAAGGAUCCCGUCACGAGCCCGCCAUUUCUGGCCACGCGCCCAAACGCACCGCCUCGCAUUGCGUCGCCUGCGCCGAGUGCUCCAAGCGUCUCUGCGCCGCAGGCCGACGACACGCUGCGUGCCGCGGGCGCGCUGUCGCUCGAGGACAACGCGGCAGAUGUCCUCGAGCAGCGGCUGGACACGAGCCGCACCCUCGACAUCUUCACGAUGAUGCCCAAGAAAUGCCAGCUGCGCAUGAACCCGCCGAAUCUGCCCUUCACGCGCACGCUGCGCAAGAGCGCCGAUGUCAUCGUGACCUUCACGCCCGCCUCGACCGGCAAGGAGAUCGUCUUGCGGCGCGCGCAUCUCGUGCUGCUCACUGAUCUCUUCCUCAUCUGCGAGCGCAUGACGCCCAGCGAGCGCGCAACAGCCACGAGCCGCGACACCGACAUGUGGCUUCUCUACCCGCCGCUUGCCGGCAAGCAUCUGCGCGUCGCCGAGAGUGCGCAGGGGAAUGCGCUCUCGAUUGUCAUCCUGAAGAAGGAGACCAUGCUCAUUCAGACCGACUCGCGGCAGGAGCGCGACGAGUGGCUGCAGCACUUUGACGCGUGCAACCGCUUCGCUGCCAAUAUGGGCCUGAAGCUGCAGACGGGGCCGUCUGCGGGCCUGCCGGCGCCCUCGCCACUGUCUGCGAGCACGCUGCCGCCGACGGGCGUCUCGCCUGCCAUCUCCGUCACGCCGUCGUCGGGCAAUGGCCUGUCGAGCACGGAGAGUGCCUCGGGCGAGCUCUUCUCGCCGCACUCGUCCACCGGUUCCAGCCUGGCGCGCGACAACUCGUUCAACUCGGUCGCCUCGUUCCCCAAGAUCGCACAGGGCCAGAACGGUGCUUAUGCCAUCGGCUCGCCGGAUCUGCGCAUUCCGCCCGCGUCGAGCCCGGUCAUGAGCCCGAACCUGACGCGCUCGCCGUCGCCGAGCAGCCCUGGCUUCGCCAACGGCUCGCGCUUCAACGGCCCGCCUGGCCCGGCGCCGGGCAGCUUCAGCGGCAUGCCGGGGCCGGCUGGACCGCCCUCGGGCAGUUCUGGCGGUCCGGACUUUGGCCCUGGAGGGCCAAGGCCUGGCUUUGCCGGCGUCCGCCCGCCGUUUGCGCAGAGCAACGGACGCGGCUCGCCGGCGGAGAGCAGUCCGCCGACCGGUCCGCAACAGAUGAUGGGUCGCCGCGGCCCUUCACCCGGCCCUGGCGGCCCGCCGGGCGGCCCUGGACCGAUGUCGCCGCCCUUCCGCGCGCCUCAGAUGAUGGGACGCGGCGGCCCGCCUGGUCCUCCCGGCAGCUUCGGACCUGGUGGCCCUCCUGGCCCGCCGAGCAACUACGGACCUGGCGGCCCCGGCGGACCACCUGGAGGCAUGCCGCCGCGCAACGGUCAAUACCCGGGCGGCCAGGGUGGCCGCGGCGGCCCGCCAGGCCCGCCUGGAGGCCCGUCAGGCCGGCCCAUGGGCCCUGGCGGCAUGGCAGGCCCGCCUGGUGGCAUGUCUGGCCCGCCCGGCUCGAUGCCGCCUGGAGGCCCUCCUGGCGCGCCUGGCGUCGCGUUCCCGCGAGGCCAGCGCGGCCCGUCGGACACGGGACCGCCCGGCCAUGGCCCGCCGCCGCGCGAGCCGAUGCGCCACCCCUCUGCGCCGAAUCUGCGCUCGCCGCAGGUGGGCAGUGCGCCGCCGCCGGGCAGCAGUAACAGCAGCUUCGUCGGCGAGCGCGUCCGCUCCACGUCGAGCGGCGGCAGCGGUGGCGGUGGUAGCGGACUAGCCAAGCUGCCGAGCGACUUCCUCAAGGAUCCCAGCGUGCGCCAGCACGAGUCGUACAGCCCGCCGAACAGCCCGACGCUGCGGCCCAAGGGUCCGACGACGAGCACGGUGAGCGCGCAGAUGCGCUGCCGCCUCUACCUCAAGCAAAACCACGCGCAGUGGAAGUCGCUGGGCGAUGCGCGCCUCAAGGUGUACCAUCUCUCGCCCGACGAGGUCAAGCAGCUCGUCGUCGAGAACUCGAAGAAGGUGCUCGUCAGCUCCCUCAUCAUGCCCGACGCCGUGGAGCGCGUGGGCAAGGUGGGCGUCGCCGUCGAGGUCAGCGACGCCAGCAGCGGUGCGGGCCAGUAUGCGCGCACGGGCAUCGUGUACAUGCUGCAGCUGCGCAGCGAGGACAGCUGUGCGGGCCUCUUCGGCGAGCUCAUCGCCGGCUCGGACCGCACGACGACGGCGACGCGCUAG